AUGUGUCGACGCUUCACAGGCGCUCGAGAUACUACAGGAGCUUCACGAGGGGAUCAGUGGCUAGCACCUCGGCGGCCGAUCAUUGUCGAAAUGGAUGAUAACCAAAAUUUUCAUUAUCUUCUUGUUUGGAGGAUGUAUAUUCAGAUUUUGGCCAUGCACGUUGUUGGUUUUUUUUUCUUGAAUUUUAUUUUAAGUGAUAAUUAUGAGAGAAGAUCUUUGAAUGAAAGAGUUUUAGCAAGGUACGAGUCACGUAGGGAUGUUUUGGAAUCAAUUACUAGUACGAGUGAUUCUCAUUGCAUAUGGGAAUUGAGAAUGUGUAGAAACACAUUUGCACAUCUUUGUGAGGUUUUAAGGGUACGAGGAGGAUUAGUGCAACUUGGACAAGUAAGUGUUGAAGAACAAGUUGCAAUUUUUUUAAAUAUACUCGCACAUCACACAAAAAAUAGAAGUAUUCAAGUUAGAUUGUCUAGAUCAGGACAAACAAUUAGCAGAUAUUGUCAUAGAGUACUGGCCGCAGUUUUGAGAUUACGAAAUGAUUUACUUGCCAAACCAGAACCUAUACCUCAAGAUUGCUCUGAUGAAAGAUGGAAAUGGUUUAAGGGUUGCUUAGGAGCUUUAGAUGGGACUUACAUAGCAGUGACACCGAGUGUUUCAGACAGACCUAGAUAUCGUACGAGAAAAGGUGGACUUAGAUGUUUUGGCCUUAUGAAAAAACGAUGGGCUAUAUUGAGAAGCCCAUCGUUUUAUCCUAUUAGAACACAAUGUCGAAUGAUCCUUGCUUGUUGUUUAUUGCAUAACUUCAUCCGUGUGAACAUGGCAAUGGAUCCAGAAGAAUUUUCUCCAUUUGCAGAAGAUGAGCUACCUUUAGGAGAAGAAACAAUCAAUAUAGUGGAAACUAUUGAACCUAGUAAUCAAUGGACUCAAAGGAGGGAUGUGCAUGCUCAAGAAAUGUUUACAGAAUGGAGGAAUAGACAUAAGCAUUAG